UAUCGUGAUCGGCGAGGGUUCGUGGUUCGCUUUUCUCUUCUUUUCCCCUCCUUUCCCACCAUUUCCUUAUCUGAAUCAGCUGAUUAUUGUUUUCGUAUUUCCAACGAAACGGACCGUUGCUGCAGUUAUGGUACGCGAUACGCAUUAACGGGCGACGGUAUCCGAGGCAUCCUCUUCGGCGGUUCGUAACGGCGAACGAAUCGGACGAUCUCCGUCGCAGCUCGAAACGUCACCGACGCGCUUCGUAUUUCGAACAAAAAGAUCGACGUUUCGCGGGCGGGGUGACAUCACUAUCGUUUUCUGGUCGUGUUGUGUUAGUCGCUUGCAGAAUGACGCAGUAGAAGGUCGUUUCCGAGAUGGCGAACUUCCCAGUAUGAGGAUACAGUUUUAUGGCGAGGUAAAUAUAUAGAGUUUGGAAAGAAAACAUGUCUGCAGACUCUCCAAGGCGCGGUGUGCAUAAAGGAGCUCAAGUUGUGUCACCUCAGCCAAUAGUAGAUCGAUCAAUAAUAGAUAGCGUUGCUGAUAUUAUCAAUGAUAUAGUUCCACAGGCUUAUACCAGCACACUCAAUUCUGAUAACAAGGAAUCUAUAACAUGGGCACGCUUUGAGUAUGCAGACAUUAAUGAUCCAGUUUUAUAUCCAGACUACAAUGAAGGCUCUAAUACACCACCUUUAUUACUGGUGCUUGGUUAUACCACUGGGGUUCAGGUGUGGCUGAUAGCAGCAACAGGAGAAGCAACAGAAGUGUUAUCAUGGCGACAAGGGGUGGUCCGCACUCUGAGAAUUUUACCAAAUCCAAAGACUGACGAUGAAUGUAUCGAUCUAUUUGAGUCGAAACGGCCGUUAGUGGCAGUGUGUGAUUCAGCUGGACCUGGUCCACAGUUCUGUAAUAUUAGCUUCAUAUCGCUUAAGACGGGAGAUCAAGCGAAAAGCAUCAAAUUUAAAACUCCAGUUUGCGACAUUUUGGCGAACAAGCGAUCCAUAGUAGUCACAUUUCUAGAAAAAAUUGCAGUGUUCAACGCUCGGACUUUGGAAGACGUUUUAACAGUCACUACCUGCUAUGCCAGUCCUGGUCCAAAUCCAAAUCCUGUCGCAUUAGGAACAAGAUGGCUUGCAUACAGCGAAAAGAAAUUAUUACCAGCGAAAAGAAGCAGCGGCGGCUGCGAAGGAGAAGGAGUUCAAAGUUACACCGCGACUGUCCUCUACGCUGCGAAGUCCUUGGGCAAAGGAUUGCGCGGUUUAGGAGAGACGGUCGCGUCCAGUCUAACUGGCAAUUCAGCAUCGCUUAUAGUCGUCAAUAAUAGUGGCAAUGAUAUGACUCAACCGGGUGUGAUAACGAUUCUAGAUCUCCAAGUUGCAGAGGAGAAGGAACUAGACGACCCAAACGUAGAAACUGUAAUUGCUCAUUUUACUGCCCACAGCGACGCUAUCGUUGCCAUGACCUUUGAUUUGAGCGGCGCAUUGCUGCUGACCGCUGACAAAAGAGGGCAUGAUUUUCAUGUAUUUAGAAUUCAGCCGCAUCCGGGCGGCCCCACGUUAGCUGCAGUACACCAUUUAUAUAUUUUGCAUCGCGGAGACACAACAGCCAAAGUGCAGGAUAUGGUGUUCUCCAGCGACACCCGUUGGGCGGCAAUUUCUACAGUACGGGGCACCACCCACGUAUUUCCGGUUGCUCCCUACGGUGGUCCAGUGGGGGUGCGCACCCAUUCCACACCUCAUGUUGUAAAUAGACUUUCGAGAUUUCAUAGAAGCGCUGGUUUAAUGGACGAUGGUACCAGAUCUCAUUCACCUGUUUCCCAUUCAGAAUUGCCUUUGUCGGUGUACCCUUACUCUAAUCCAAGACUCCCUCCAUAUCCUCACCCAACCGUAUUGCAUCCAUUGGCCCAAAUACGGCAGCAGUCUACGUUGAACUACACGAACAGUCAACUUCAACAAAGCAGACCGCAACAAAGACAACGAUUGCAUUCGGACGAUAGUACGACUCUACCACUAAAAAUUUGCGCUUGCUUCGCUCCUCCGAGAGCAUGGAUGUAUGCGCAAAGAGAGUCCACCGCCAAAGUGAUGAAGAGGGCGGUGGAUUCCUUGUUCAUCAUGGCGUGCCAUGGAAAUAUGAUACAAUACGACCUGGAACCGAAACCAGCAGCAGGUGUACCAAAAGAGAAAGUGUGCGAUGACACAAUGAUCGAAUUGGAGGUCGAGGCAAAGGGCCAGUGGCCUUUGAUAAGAUCUCCGAAUUCUGUUGAAAUCGUGCCACCUUUACCGACAUCCAGUUCUCUGCUGAGUGUCGCGACUUUACCAAAAGGCAUCCAAGAGAUGGACUUGGCGGAGGAUCGGUGGUUGAGUCAAGUGGAAAUCGUGACACAUGCUGGUCCCCAUAGACGGCUUUGGAUGGGUCCACAGUUUGUCUUUAAAAUCUACAAUGCGACCAGUGGAGCACCCGUAAAUCUGGUCGAGGCCGAAGCCAUUGAAAUUGGCGUAACUGGUGGAUCUCGACCAGCAAGAUCAAACCCUAUGAAUAUGCCGCAUACCGCAUCCAGAUCGUUGGUACCCGUGGUAAUCGAUGGAUCAGGAAGCAGUUAUGAGCAGUCACCAAGGUUCAUGGAAGCCUAUGGAGACUUAGAUGGCGAGAACGCGAGUGUCUGCGGCGGGGAAAAUCAGCUGCGAGAGGACCUGGCCGAGGCGAUGUUAGAAACGUCGAUUGCCCCUCAUCGUGCGCCAGGGAGGCGAUCGGUAUUUGAGAGGGUGGGUCAACCGGUAACUAAAGUCGUCAACCCUCUUGGCACCGUGAUUACCGUGUCGGCCGACGAGGAGGACGUAAACUCCAGUCAGGAGUUCGACUCCGCGGAGGAGAGCCACGUGCCGGAGCCGCCGAGGAGCGUGUGCGCGGAGGAGGGUCCUGCGUCGCUCGGCGACCUUGACCUGGACCAGGAAAGCCAGACCCUGCGUGAUCUUACAGAGAUCUGCGCGGAGAAGCGUUCGGCGAGCGAGCCAGCGAUCGACAGUGUCCCCGACGAAAACAUUCACGAGGUUAAGGAGAGGAAAGCGCUCUGUGUGGAGAUGGCAGCGAUUGCCAAUCCCGCCGGCAGUACCUCCAUAGAUUUUGAGAAGGAAGAGGUGUUCAGGGAUGUUCCUACCAGCUUGAGCUUGUGCGUGGAACCAGGCGAGAUACCCAGCAGCCCUAUGACCCGGGCGAAGGAGACUGCCUGGUGCAAGAGAUUCGACAAGAAGGAGGAAAAAGCACACGAGAGGAGCAUGUCUGAGGCCCAAUACGUGGUCAGUUACGACGACGAGAGCGUCGUGCUAAUGGAGAAUAAGCUGGCUCGCAGAGGCGUCUCGCACUGCAGGAGGUCAAGCGAAGCGAAGAAGAAGAAUGGAGGUUCUUCUUCGGGGAAGAAGGUGGAGCCCAAGACCUCGGUGAAGAAGUACGUUCUUAAGGAGCAUGAGGACAGUAUUGUUAUCGAGGACACUUCCUGUGAGGAUGCUAAGAACUGUUAUAGGAGGAAGGAUGAGAAGCUUGGAAACGCUGGGGAGGUUAAAGGAAAAUGUACUGAGAGCAAGACUGCUGCAGAGAAGGAGUCGAAGGAGAAGGAUAACAAGUCCAAAGUAAAGGCUAAGUGUUCUUCUACAGCGCAGGAUAAGAAAGAGGCGAAGGCUGAGCUCAAGAAGUCUGAGAAGAGGAUGGAACCGAUCGUGGAGCUUGAGAGUUCAGCGGAGAAAAAAAAGGAGGAACCUAAGGUGGAUGUCGCAGCUGACUCCGAUGCCUACAAGUAUCCUCCAUCAGACUCGACUGAUGAUUUUAGCUCCAGCGAGUACCACAUAGUGGAGACAGCUUGCUGUGGGAAAGAUAAUACUCUGGUUCCAUCUGACGAGGAUAUUGAGCACAUUCAGAGCUCCGAGAUCACUCAGCUGCAGCAAGCAGAGUGCUGCGAGGGUGACAAUUGUGGGCACGGUCUGUACUGUGAGAACCCUUCGCCAGUUCUGCAAAGAAAAAACAGUAAGAACACUAUAUCCGAUGAUGAUUUAGAGUACAUACAUACUUCGGAACUGAUCGAGACUUCUGAUAGGAAGAGCAGCGAUGAUCUGAAGCUAGAAGCUGAGAAGGAAAGCGAUCGUGACUCGAAUGCUAGUAAGCGUACCUUCUCCGACGAUGAUCUCGAGCACGUCCAAUACUCGGACGUCUGUGCUAUGCCUGACAUCAGCAAUGAUGAAAAAAAGGAGACGCAGGAUCAGUCCACGAAAUCGAAGAGUUCGAAGAAAACAAAGGAUGUGGUAGUAAUUGAGAGCGACACCAUGGCUGCGGACGUUACUGUGAUCAUAAAGCCCGCUGAGAAUUGGAAAAGCAAAGAGAAAAAGGAGGAGGAGGAGCCUGCGAAAGACCCUGGAGCCGAGAACUCUAGUCCUUUGAAGAAGAUCAAGACACGUCAAAACAAAACAUCCCCUUCCAACGUCGCUCCUAAAAGAUCACCCGGUGAGAUCGAGAUCAUCGACAUAGACGCGUUGCAGAAGGCCGAGAUGGAGGUCUUGACGGAUCCCACGACCACUCCCGAGUGCAAAAUCCUCUCCGGAUCCGAGGUCACUGGUACUCGGAUUAAAAAACUAAAAAAGUAUAAAAAAUCCAGUGCCGAAAGCAAUCAGAGCACAGAUAUUUCCGAUGCUAAUAAGACCACCGACGACGGAUUUGUCGUUCCUAAAGAAAUGAGCUCACCAGAGAACCCAGAGUUCUCCUGGAGCUCUAUUGUCAAGCGAAAAAGCAUUUUCGUGGAGCUGAAAGACGAAAAGCUCCACGCUAUAGAAGAAGCGGAAUCUACAGCUCCCGCCAAAUGCAGCGCUCCUGAGAAAGACCCUAUGUACAAGAAAGGGCUCGACUCUUCGUCAAAGAAGGUGGCCAAUGUGAUCGACGAGCUUCGGGAAGCCGUGGCUGAGACGGACUCCAAGGAUUCUGGUCAAGACUCUGCUUGGAGCAACAUUGUCAAGAAGAAGAAGCUCGAGGAUAAGAACCUCGAUGCAGCUCUUAGCAUAGAGGACACCGACGACAAGAAGUCUCGGAAGAGCGAGUCCUCGACUCGGGAGAAGUUGCGAGAGCUCGGAGAAGAGGACACUGAAGAAUCCUCGGGGCAAGUCUCCUGGAGCGACAUCGUAAAGAAGAAAAACAGCUUCUCGCUGGAAAGCGACGCGAGGAAGCACAUUGACGACGCGGAGAGGAAACUCCGUCGCAGACACGUGGGAUACGUGUCCUCGAAGGAGCUCGUAGCUCUGCUUGUAAAGAAGCCGAAACCGAAGCCGAAGCCUCUGCUGCCUUCUGCCAUCGAGGAGAAGGUCCGCAGGUCGACGAUCCUCUCCGAACUGCUGGACAACGACUCCAAUCGCGAGUCCAAGCCGGCUGAAGCUGCGGCGAAGACUGACACAGUCGAAGAGCCUCUGUAUUGCCCUCUCGUGGACCUCUCCAGCCCCGCCGAGCCGGAGGAGAAGAAGGAGAGAUCCCCCAAGCCGGAAGCCACUGACAAGGACAAAGACGACGGAAUCCUAGAAGCUGACCCAGCAUUCUCGAAGGAGGACUCUUCGGAGCCGGAGAGGGAUCCCGAGAAGAGGAGCGACUCCGAGCAAGCGGUUGCUCCCAAGCGCUGGAACUCCUCGGAUGAGUUGAACGCGAACGUCGUGUUCGUUGAUGGGGAUUUCUCGAGCCGCGAGGUGGUCGAACGAAGCGUAGACAGCGGCUCGAACCCCUCGGUAGCUAUCCCCAAGAAAGGCAACAGGCCGAGGCAGAAAAAACGCAGAUGAGUGGAGGAUUGCAUGGAUGUACCUAGGGCCAGCCUUGCCCUCUAUAUUCUUCUGAUGCAAGUCACCGGAGCCGACUAGCGAGAAUUCCACCCGGGAACUCGCCUGGUUCCCGAGCAAACUAUCACGUUACCUUGGUGAUCAAGCGUAAUAGCUGACAGAGAGGGAGAGAGAGAGUGUGUGUGUGUGUGUGUGUGUGUGUGAGAGAGAGAGAGAGAGCGCGAAUGAUUGCUUAGAUCCUCGGUCCAUCAAAGUGUCCUGAUUAUGGCGAAGAGAUCUGGUAUUUUUCGAGAAUGUUUUCUAAAGAGGUAUACUCGUUUGGAUGAGAAGUAGAUUCAGGAGUGAAAUUGAUCAGGAUACUGGGAGGAUGACAUCUUCAAGGUAACGAGGGCAAGGCUGUUCUACCGGAUGUGCAUGCGCCAUGUUCGAACCGAUCAAACGAACACGAAAUCCCUAUGUAACAAAAAGCAACUCCGUCUGUGGUUUAAAACCGAUUUCAUAACUAUUCUUUUGGCUCCUCGACAGUUCUGAAUCGUCGUCGAGCUAAUUCGGUCCACUCUAUGGGCGCUGUCCGUGUGGUGCAUACAUGAGUUACAAUAAGAUACUGAUUUUCUAGUUUCUAGCUGGUUGUAUGAUUUAGACACGUAAUUCGGACGAUGCAGAUGUUGAAAUCGCGCGAGGAUCGCACGGUCGCGAUUAGGUCACGGUUUUCAGUUUGCACAAUACGUAUACACUCCUCCCGCCCCCUCCCUCACCCCGCCGUAUAAAUCUGUCACCCGGAGAUCGUUUACUAUCUUCUUUAUGCCACGCCGAGACCGAAAUGCUUUCCAUGAAAGCCGUCUUGCGAAAAUAUUUAUGAUUCUUCGAGAAUUCGAGCAUUCAUCCCAAAUCGUCAUUUCUGGAUCAGGAUCUAUAGUCGCUAAAGGUUUCGGGGACGGUUGGUGGUUCUACGCGUCAUUUUCACGGGACAAUGUUUGGUUAUAACAUGGUGACUUUGAUGAAUUCUAGAACAGUUUCUCAUUAAAUAUUCGAUUAUUUUCCUAUCUGAAAUUGUUAAUUUUCGGAGGUGGGAAUGAAAAUUUGUCACACUAUUCUUAUUGCUCGGAGACUAUUCACAGUAGGACCAUUUGAAAUUGUGGAACAUAUGUGGAUAAUAUUCUAUAUUAAUGUUCCAUAUUUCCAGUAUCUGUGCCGUAACGAACAUUUUUUUAAAAGAAUGAGCAAGCAGAGCUACGAGCUCCUUCGAGGACACGUAUCCCACGUGUCUGCGACGGAGUUUCCUUUCCUCCAGCUGGAAGCUCGGUUGUUCUCUUCCAGCUGUGUCGUCAGUAUGCUUCUUCGUGUCGCUUUCCAGCGAGAAGCUGUUUUUCUUUUUUACGAUGUCGCUCCAGGAGACAGAACUGUUGCAACUAGAAACAUAACUAACUUGCUGUGAAAAUUUUCAGCAGAAUCAACGUGUUACACAAGUUCUUCGUUCAAUCUUAGCAAAAAUCCAUAGUGCUAUUAUUUCUUUUUCCGCGAAGAUGGAAGUUUCUGUCCCCUUGUCUUUGAAGCUGCAAUAGCGCUUCUUCUGUAGCUUGGAGCUCGUCGCCUUUCAGCUCCACGAAAACGCUUCUUCGUUUAACAAUUGAGCUCCACGAGAACUCUCGGUUCUCAGGUGAGGUCAAUACUUUAGGAACGACAAAUCCGUCGUCGUCGAUGCUUCUUUCGAGCAUCAGAAAUAUCUGUGCUCUGUGUGCUCUCGGCACUGGAUUUUUUUAUACUUCUUUAGUUUUUUAAUCCGAGUACCGGCGACCUCAUUGUCCCUCUUCGAGCUCAUUCUCACGGCAGGUUUCUUAGGAUUUUUUUCCAUCGGCGCUCAUCGAUAGUACAAUUACUAAUUAAUUUUACACAUCGACAGCUGACCCAAGGUGUACAGAAAAAGGAUCACGCCUGCAUCGUGUCACGGUUGCACGCACUUCCGCGAUACUCACAAGAAUAGCGAUUUAAAGUGUCUUACGAGGUUGAUCCCGUUGAAUUCGAAGGAUUUCCGUUGAUUUGUGAUUUACAAAUCUUGCGAAUCGGGUGCAAGUUCACCGGUAAUUAUAUUCAUCCUAACCUUCGAUCACAUGAAUUCAUAAUGCGUAUGAUAAUUGGACGUGUGUUGUAUAAUAUCGAUAUGCAUAAAGCAAUUUCUUGCAUUGUACGCGCGCAAGAAUCCGCGGACACCGGGACCCCUGUCUACCGUUGUCGAAAGAAAAUGGCCGCUCGAAGAGUCACCGAAAUGGUCGGCGAGUCUAGAACACGGCAGUCUCUGUACAAUCUUCUUUCCCUCCCAACUCUUCGCUCUCUUUUCUUGGGCUCAAAAAUCUUGGACAGCCAAAACAGCGCGAGAUUACAAGUGACUUUGACCUGUGCACUCUUCGACAACGGUACACCUGUGUCCCGUUUUAUCCCGGCCAGUUAUCUGUCUGGUCGAAGCUCUUUUUAUUUAUUGAAUGUGCUAGUUUCGAGAGCGCGACGACGUGAACGGUAGCCGCGUUAGAUUCGGUUUUAGGGAUCGCGUAUAUGUGUUUAGGCUCCUCUAAGCUAAAACGUUCGGACGUAGGAGGUUUCUUCACUCAGUGUGUUCAAAGGUUCCAAAAAAACUUGACAGGUAUUUCGUAGACGAUCUAGGACUCCGUUCGUAGAGGAACGAGAAAGCAGACCUCGCUCGAGGAUCAAUUACUGUGCAUCGACAGGGAGGUCUGCUCUCAAAGGUCGACUCUCAAGGUCUCUCUCGGUUGUGCGCAAUCCCUGAUUCAAACUGUAGCUUCGGUAGCACCGGUAGGCACGCUUCGUGCAGAGACAGUUCUUGAUUAAUGAUGCAGGUCUUCAUUACAAGGGGUCGCGCGUCGAUCUAUCGGCCACUUUCGAAUCAAUUCGCCGAGAACUUCUUCGGAAAUGCGAUGUCGAUCGCGCCGACGACGUUACGCUAAAGUAUUAUCCUCCUUACGAUCGAGCUAGCCUCCAAACUUCUACGUUUAGGGUGUCUGGGACAAAGAUGAUCUCUCAGACGGAUAACACUGAUCUCGACCUGUUAACCAAACGAUCUUCUAAUCGGAAACACGGGUAAAAGAGUAACUUAUCCAACAAUAACCAUAAGCACGCAAUCGUCGGCGGGUUUGAAUACGACAGAACUUUUUCGGGUACACUAAUUAAGGAUCUAGAAACUCGAGGCCCGGGUCUCUCGACGUUAACAGGCUCGGAAGGUUCACCUUUUUUUACGGAUACCCUUCGUGGAUCGAAUUGUAUCUCUUAGAAAAAUCCCGCGGUGUUUUUAAACGAAAGCAAAACAGAGAAACGAUAAAAAAAAUAAGCCAAAGAUGUACGACUAUAUCAGUGUACGUUCAGCGGACUGCGGAUUUUUACGCGAACAUUUCUCGCGUCGCCUGCGACAGAGGUCACGCAAAAAUGUACGUGUUCUCUUGAUAAUUUCAAUCGAUUGUUAAUAACAUGUGUAAAUUCUGUAAUCUUCCAUAUAGCUUCUAUUGACGCGUACUGAUUUGUCGGCGUGACUCAUUUUAGCCACGACGUGAUAACAUUAUCUUCUGUUGUUUCUACUUUUUAAUCAAAGAAGUUGUGCAUGAAUUUUUCAAUGAAUCUCGAAUUCGUUGUCCAAAUCAUAUUCGUUGAUCUCGAAUUACAGAAAUCGUUUACAACUGGUAAAAAAAAAAUAUUGGGCUACGGCGGUUUAAAGAUUCGUAAAAUUCUUGUCUCGUUUCGCAAUUUCCGCCAGAAACUCCGCAGUCCAGCGAUUAGGAUGUAAAUGAUUUCACACGGAACACGUAGGCACCUGCAAGUUAACCGUUCAGCUUUAGAUGAGAAAGUGGCCAGUUUUAAUUAAGCAGGAAAUCUAGAUAUAAUAGACGUCGUUACAAUUGUUCGACACUUCCGGAAGCAUGGUGAUGGCUGGAUCUUUCGUUCGACUUAGUUCAAUUUUUCCUCUGUAUUGUCUCGACCCCUCCGUAUUUAUUUAUUUCCUCACGACAAAGUCGGACUUCGUCGCACACGACCAUAAUGCGAUCAGUAUUUGCUCCGUUGGAACAUGAUUUUAGGGAAAAUAUCGAACACCUGAUUCACUUUAAGACUCGUUGCUAGUACAAAUGAUCGACGACUAGAGACGUUCUGUUUCUUUUUUCUUUUUUAUUUCGGCGAAAUUACGGUGAGAUUCUUUUUUUUUUAGUACAAAGCUUCCGUCGACGAUUUCGUCCUCGCGAUUACGCUCGCGAACAUGCUGUAUCGCUGCUACGUCGAGGAAAACGACCUUCGCGAUCGCGUAUAUCUCUCUUUCCUCUUUCGACGUUCUUUCGCGAAAAUAAUUCUUCGAAAUCACACCGAUUCACCAUGACUUUUAUUAUUUACCAUCGGCAGCGUGCGGAUUUUAUUAAUCUAUAGUAACCUUGGUCUUUUAAAACUGGGUGCAGAAAAUUGUGCAAUAAUGUAGACUGCAGAUCUUUAUGCACGAUACAAAUUUUCUAUGUCGAUCACGUGAAACAUGAGACGUUAUAAUAGACAAUUCGUUGUUUCUUUAAAAAUCGUAGCUAAUUAAAUAUAGUACCUUCUACAAUUAUUUUAAUUCUUUUACCGUUUCAAGUUGCACGUACCCGUAAAUGCGUCAAAUUCACAGUAUAGUAAUGAAUUUAAGAAUAUACAUACAUGUCUUUACAGAGUUACAUUUAACUCUUGAUUAAAAAAAAAAAAUAGUGGAUUCAAAGAUUUUUAUUCGUAGGUUCAAGUAUUAUCCCCGUAAGUCGCGUCGUUUAUUGACACUAACUUUAACUGUAAAAUAAUAAUUUCGUUAAGUGUAACUGUUGAAUAUCGAUUAACGGAAAGGUUCAUUUUGUUUCCACAUAAGCUUAACAAGGAUCGCGUUACAAUUAGGAUAUGGUAAAACGGCGCCGAAGAGUUUCUAUAAUCAUCCGCAAUCUAUCAUAGACGCGUGUAAUAUUUCUGGAACACGACAGAUUUCUUUCAAAAUCGAAGCAACCAAGAAAUUCUGCAACAAGAUGAAACGAUUCGCGCCCGACAAUGAUCGCGCGGAUAGUAUUCCUCAAAGACAAUAUCAUUUAUCAUUUAUCGCUUCUGGAUCGUUCGGGGAAACAAUUUUCCUGGACCAACGAGCAAAAUUGUCUACGAAGAUAAGCGAGCGCACUCGGCGUCGACUGCGUUGUCUUUCAGCUUCGAUCGCUAUAACAAUCGCGGAUCGAUGUGUGAUCAUCAUUUCUGCAACAUUGUUCGCCCUUUCCAGCGUUUCUAGACUGCGGAUUUUAUACAUCCCCGACAAGAAUAUGAUCUAUAUUCAUUAAAAUUGACUGUUGCACUAUUUUCCGACUCAUUCGAAAUUGCGAGAAAAGGAGAUUCAUCUGGAUGCAAUUUACUUUUUUCGUGUAAUUAGCUUAGAACAUUUUUAUUUCGCGCAGAGAUCCGCAGUCUACUAAUUACGUUUACGUGUUUCAUCUUGCGUAUCGAGCACUGUGCAAUAAUUGGGGGAACGAGUUUCGUCUAAAUUUUGAAGAUUUUCACAUUGAGAGAGAGAGAGAGAGAGAGAGAGAGAGAGAGAGAGAGAGA